AUGAAAGAGACAGCGUUCCUCUCCGCCAUCAGCUCAGCGGGUCUCGUUCACGCCAUCGCCCAGGGCUGCAGUCGAGGGACGCUCGAUCGAUGCUCGUGUGACGAUGUCAGCUUCAGUGCCGAGGCAAACAGGGAAGCGUGGAAAUGGGGAGGGUGCGGCGAUAACCUCAAGUACAGCCAAAGGUUCCUCAAAGAUUUCUUGAAGAACAGAUCUAGUGGAAGUAGGGAUCUAAGAAGUAAGAUGGAGAUGCAUAACAGCGACCUGGGAAUAAGGACUGUUAAAAAACGAGUCGACAAGGUCUGCAAAUGUCACGGCAUCUCAGGGGCAUGCACCACGCAGACAUGUUGGAAACAGCUUGGGCCUUUCCAUAGCAUCGGUGAUGAGCUUAAACAGAAAUAUGAACGAAGUGUUCAGGUCAUUCUUGCCAACCGCGCCGACGGUGAAAACCAGCUCGUCCGCAGACGACAGUCCCGUAAUGAGGAGAAACUCUAUCCCGAUUCGCCGACCUCGCCGGGGUCUGGUGAUCUCGUGUUCGAGAGAACGUCGCCGGAUUUUUGCACGCCGAGUAAAUAUUCAGUUGGGACUGGAGGGCGAACUUGUGAUAAGGUUAGGACUUGUAACAGCAUUUGUUGUGGACGAGGCUACAAUAUUCGGAGCGUUAUGGUGACACGCGCAUGCCAGUGCAGAUUCCAUUGGUGCUGUGACGUCAUUUGUCAGCGCUGCACGACACUCGAAGAGAUACACCUUUGUAGAGCAUAAGACACUAGAUGUGACAUAGAGGUCAAUAAGAUACAUCUCUGUGAGAUGUGAUGAACCUUGAAAUGACAAUAGAAACGCAGUGAGAGUUCAACUAGACAGUGCAUGGGAAUAUCGGGGAACAAGUGGAAAAAUCAUUAAAUGAUUUAAGUUCAUGAUGUUUUUCAGACGGAGGACUUAUGAAGCUAUUCUUGAAAUAAAAAUAACUUAAAGCGACAGAAUUCGUCAACAUAUAACAUUAAGUUGGAUUGUUACUUAUCAUUGUCUUCGACACUAUGAACUCUCGCAGGAUUUCAUCAUUAUUUUCAUGAUGACUUCGUAUUAUCCUAACUAUAUAAAAUGAUUGGUGUUGGUCCUACUUUCCAACAGUAGACCAGAGCUUCCGAAAUUGUAUAAUGUGACAUCUAGCUUAACCCCUUUUCGGUUCUGAGAAAUGUACAAUGAUUUCUAUUGUCUUCCAGUCUGUAAAUUCAACUUCCAUCAAACAAUUCUAUGAUUCUACCACUUGUAAAACUAUAUGAGAAGUAUGCAAAUGAGAAAUGAGAAGAGAGUCAAUGCAAAUGUUUAUAAUAGCCAACAAGACUUAAAAAUGCAUUAACUGAAUUGAUAGUGAGGACGCUCUCUAUGCCCUCAGAGCCAUACUUUUGACGUAAACAGCGCCAUCAGACGUAACUGGCCUUGGUUUCCUUUAAAGGUCAAGUCCACCCCAGAGAAAUAAUGACUUGAAUAAAUAGAGAAAAUCAAACUAGCAAAACGCUGGCAAUUUCAUCAAAAUUGGAUGUAAAAUAAGAAAGUUAUGACACUUUAAAUUUUCGCUUAUUUUUCACAAAACAGUGAUAUGCACAACUCAAAUGAGAAAGUCGAUGAUGUCCCUCACUCACUACUAGUAUUUCUUUUGUUUUUUUAUUGUUUGAAUUAUACAAUAUUUCAUCUUUUAUAGAUUUGACAAUAAGGACCAACUUGACUGAAUCAUAUAGUAUAGGUUUUCCUGCCCAUUUUCAUCAAAGUUGCAUUUAAAUUAAUGAAAGGACGUUCAAAUUCGAAAUAUUUCGUCCACCCUCUGCACACAUGGUUCAUUUUCAUUUAUUCAGCAUUCAACUCCGUUCUAUAUCAUUCCUUUGAAUUUUGUAGAAAUUCGUUCAAAUUAAUGGUCCAAAUGUGUCAUUUAAUUUCGCGACGACGAACUGAUCGUUUAAUUUCGCCUAAAAUACCAUUUUCAAUUUCAUUUAUCGGCACACAUAUUUGCACUUUAAACGUCCAAAUUCAGAUUACAUGUUUCUGUGUUCAUUUUUUUAUUACGUAAUACAAUAUUUUGUUCAAACUUUACACAUCUUCCUAUUUUUUCUGAUCUUUUCAGUUAGUUCCAUUAUGUUUGAUAAAGACGUAACACUUAUGUAACACUUACAGGAUAUGGUUGUAAACGUUUAUUCUUUUAGUGAUUGAUGAGUCGGUGUAGGGGCGGAUCCAAGAUUUCACAAAAGGGGGGGCACAUUUUUCUCAAGGAAUUUGACGAGCCAAAAAACAAAACAAUAAAAAGGUUUUUAACCAAAGAAUAAGGGUAUAUCGUUUACGAAAUAAAAUUAAUUGUGCCUCUCAAAAGUGAAUCCGCCAGUGAGUGGGUUGAUGACCUAUGCCAAUGGUAGGUAUUUUUUCUUUAUCAUCUUUUUAUUUUAUUUUAUGUUACAUAAUUGCAAUUUAUAUCGUUUUGGGGAAGGGAUAAGAAACAUGGUAUUGACCACAGUCUAUACAGUAGUUAUGAAAGUGGAACAAAAUUGAGUUGUUGUUCCGAUGAUGGUUUGUCAGAUGGAUGAUACAUUUCAGUAAAAUUGUAAACAUCCAAUUUAGAAGUAAAACCCAUUUCCAUAAUUAUUCAAAAGAAGUAAAAACACAAAACAACAACGAAAAACGCUGUCCAUAUCGUAUAAGUGAUUGCAUAUUAAUGAUUUUGAAUUCCUAAACGUUCGCAAGGAGGGUACCGGUGCGAAUUUGAAAACUCUUUUUCAGCUAUUUUAAUUUGAUCGUUCUUUAUACACGUUUAAAUGAGAUAACCAUGAAAUCGCGUGCAAAUAGAAUUAAACUGAAUGAAGUAUUUGGCUAUUUAAAUGCUGAUCUCAUAGGUCAUUCAAAUUAGUUGCAAAUUGAAUUAUUACAUCAUUAAAUCGGUUGAAAUUUUGACGAAAUUGGACGGGAAAACCUAUAUUAAACAAUGCUCAUUCUACAUGUUCAGGGAGGAAUUAAUCUUUGUUUCAUUUGACAAUGAGGAGAAAAAUAGAAUAUUCCCUAUUUCAUUUAAUGAAAUACAAAAGAAAUAGUGAGUGGAUGACGUCAUCAGUCUCCUCAUUUGCAUACCCACCAGGAUGUGCAUAACUGCUUUGUGAAAUUACGCAAAACCUUAAAAUGUCAUAACUUUCUUAUUUUACAUCCGAUUUUGAUUAAAUUUUCAGUGUUAUGCUUGUUUGAUUUUUUUCUUUUUAUUUAAAUCAACUGUUUCUUGGGGUGGACUUGUCCUUUAAAAUCAGAUCAAGCCUAUAUACGUUGUGUGUACACUCGCCCUUUUAAACCGCCAUAUGGAAAUAUGGAAGGAAUAGAGUUUAAUGUCACGUAACCUUCAGAAAGACUUCCUUUAAUCACGGUUUUAAUACAAUUACAAAGUGCCACAAAAAGGUAAAAACUAAACAAAAUUAUAUGAUAAUCGUUUUGGCAAUAAAGAUAUUCUGCCUAUUGUGUCUAUUCAUAAAUUAUUGCGAUUAUUCAAUUCAAUUCGUCGAUUUGGAAUUCAAAAGCAACUUUCCUUUAAAUUCCGAAGCUAUGACAAUAUCUGAAUACUUUUUUUGUUCCUUCCGAAUGAGAUGAAAGGGGACUUAACUCCGUCACUUCAAAUAUUGUUCGUCCUUUGAAUUAUAUACCAAAGAUCAUGAAUAGUUAUGUUAUUAUAGAUUCAUUUCGUCAGAGGUAAUAAAUUCACUUUCUUCUUUUUAGUCAAAUAAGGAAUAAAUAUUUAUCUAGAAAUGUAAUAAUUAAAGUAGUCAAAUACUGUAUCAAUUAAUUACAAUAUGGUUUUGAUAUCAUACCACGAUUAUUAGUUUUCAUAUUUUCCAUGAUCGUAAUAAUAUUUGAAUUUUAUGCUUAAGACCCUAAAACAAUUAUUAUGAAUUGAUUUCUUUUAUGAAUAAAAUCAAAUAUAUGUAUAUGAACAAUUUGUUAUACGUCAUCUAAUUAAAUUUGAAUUUUUGAGUCUGAAGUUAUGAUAAGUUAUGAAAUGUUUUUCAAUUGCUACUGAAAAUAUAUUAUGUAUUGAGUUAUGUUUCUUUAGGAAGCAAAUGUAAAUUGUAUUCUAUUGUGUAUGUACAUUGCGUACAUCUCAUGUAUUCAAUUCAUCGUUCAUCUUGCCGAAGAUGAAUAUGUUAUAUGAAUUAAUUAUUUUUGCAUGUGAAAUCACCUUUUUAUUGUAAAUAUAUUUAUGAUAAUUUGUUCAUAGCUUGUUAUACUUGUGACUGAAUGUACUUUUUUAAAGCUCAGAGCGCACACCACAUUGACAAUUGUUAAAGGUGUUGAAAUCUUUGAGAAACCAUAACAAAACGUCAUUAGUGAAUAUAACUCUUUUGAAAAAAAAUUUAAAAAAAAACCCAGUAAUUAAGUUGAUAUAUAUAGGUGCACAAUCAACAGAAACGGGUGGGUUAAAGUUUCAGAUAAUUCUACUUCGAUGUGAGAAACUGGUAAGUUAUUUUCAGAUGCAAAUUAACAAUGUGACUUUCAAUUCGAUUUUUUUUUCUCUACUUGUAUUUUAGUAUUUAAUAAAGUACAAUUUCUUAGAUAAUGAUGAUGCAAGUGAUAAUUGCCUCCCUUAUAAGGGUAAAAAGUAACAUAAUUUCAUUUUUUAAAUAAUCAUAGAGAGCCAGUAUUUGUUUUUAUUAAUGGCGUAUCUUAUGGGGGGCAGAAGUGCCACUCGGAGGAAGCACAAAGCAGC